GUAGCUUACGGCCAGUGUUAACUUUGGCAAAUUUAUUUAGUUUCUCUAACGAUUGAAAUUUUACGUUAAAUAGCCCCAAUUUGUUGCUUAUUUUACACAACAACACACAAACGUGCCACCAAUUCUCACAGCGCGCUAUAGGUAUCGACGAAAAUGGCCUUUAACUUUACCGCCUUCACGUAUAUUGUAGCCCUCAUAGGAGAUGCUUUCCUAAUUUUUUUUUCAAUAUUUCAUGUCAUUGCAUUCGAUGAAUUGAAAACAGAUUACAAGAACCCUAUAGACCAGUGCAAUAGCCUAAAUCCGCUCGUGUUGCCGGAAUAUUUACUGCACAUAUUUCUUAAUGUAUUAUUCCUAUUUUGCGGUGAAUGGUUUAGUUUGUUCAUAAAUAUACCACUCAUAGCCUAUCACAUAUGGCGCUACAAAAACCGCCCCAUUAUGUCCGGGCCGGGACUCUAUGAUCCUACUACGGUGUUAAAAACGGAUACAUUGGCCCGCAAUAUGCGCGAAGGUUGGAUUAAGCUGGCCGUCUACCUCAUUAGCUUCUUCUACUACAUCUACGGAAUGGUUUAUUCGCUAAUUUCAACAUAGAGGCCAAAGGCAGCUGCCUGGGGAUCUCAAAUUGUUGACGCCAGCGCACCCAUUUCUGAUAAGUUGUUUUAGAGGACCAAUCGGGUCGUGGAAGAUUGCCUAUAAAAAUUGCGAACAAUAUUUCAUUUGUAAAUUUAAUGUUAAAUCAUGCAAUAUCAAGCCAUAAGGUUUUAUUAUUUUUAUUAUUUUUUGUAGUUUCCCAUUGAAUGUGGGGAAUAAAACCGAACAACUAUACGAAAAUUAA